AUGCCUGAUGGUCAGGAUGAAAGUCAACUGAGUUUUAAAAGCACUGCAUUCACUGAAUUAAUGAACCAAUUUUACGAAAAACAAUUAAUGAUGGAAAAAAGACCAGCAGAGCUUCCACGAAUUGCCGCAGUGGCAUUUUUAAUUAUCAACUUUGGAGUCAGGAUAUCAGAUAGCCUUGACGUCAUAGAUGACCCACAUUCCACAAUUAUCUGCAUCGCCGGAAAAACUUCAUACAAUGUGUCGUUUGUGAAGGACAUCGAAGCCGGAGUGUUCACCUCCUUGGAUGAAGUGGGAAGUGUAAAAAGCUGCGUGCGCAGAGCCUGCAACACGCGGGCAGGUCACGUGGCUUUUCUUGUAGAAAGGAUGUGCUAUAUGGUCCUUUGUCACGUGCCGUCAACAUCAUGUAGAACUGGAAAACCUUCAACUCCUAGUAUCUUCACAAUUUCCAUCACUCCAUACACAUGGUUUGAUGCUGCACCGGUUUUCAGCGACAAAUUUCCCAGGGUGAUUGACGUCAAAGAGAACAAUCAGAGGGGUCAAAUAAUCACAAACAUUCACGGCAAUGCAAAGAGCCGCCGAAGCCGAAACGCUCCUAUAAAAUAUUUCAUUUUAUCAGGAAACACUGGAAAUGCCUUUCAACUCAGAAAGCAUCCACGCGGCCAAAGCGCUUCCCUGGUAGCGAUCAGGAAACUGGACCGGGAAAAAAUCCCUUGGUACAACUUAACAAUUUUAGCAGUAAACGAGGACGAAAACAAGUCAAGCACCAGAGUGCUGUCAAUUAAUGUAAAAGAUGAAAACGACAAUGCACCUGUAUUUUCACGAACCAAUUACUCAGUGACAUUAUUAAGUAACCAAUCCUCUGGCUCUGAAGUCAUCAGGAUCAAUGCAACUGACGCCGACAUCGGAGAGAAUGCGCGCAUGCGCUUCUACUUGCUUCAUCACCAGUCUUUAUUUCGGAUGUUGCCAGAGAGUGGAACGAUUUUACUGAACCAGAAAGUCAGAGUGGAUCGCGAACACAGCUACACGCUUAUCGUGGCUGCGAGGAUCGGAGCGCACAAGUCGAUUGCAACCGUUCAAGUGCAUGUUCUAGGUGUGAACGAGUACAGGCCUUUCUUUGAGAAUUCAGAGUAUAAAGUCAAGGUUUCAGAAGCUUUGAAAGCAGGAAACUCAGUGACAAAAGUUGUAGCGAGAGACUUUGAUUAUGGGAAAAAUGGAGAGCUUAACUUUACGAUCAUUGCAGGGAACGUUUCUUACUUCAGUAUCGACAAGGAAGGUGUUGUCAAGACACGAACGUCCUUAUUAACUCGCGGUGGUCUGAAUUGUAGCUUAACCAUAAUUGUGAGUGAUAGGGGAACGCCUACGAAAAGAUCGGAGGAUGUAGCAAAUCUUUAUAUAACGAUCGAUGAGAUAAAGAAACACAAAGUCAAAUUUGAUCUGGAGAGGUAUCACGUGACUAUAGCAGAGAACACACCUAUCGGCGCUACGAUUCUCACUGUUCGCGCCGUUACGGGGGUGAGACGCGGGAAACUCGAGGAGCGGAGACUGGACAAGAAAUCUUCCAAACGUGUCGUUUAUUCUAUUGGAAAUGUAGACGGCAAUCGUCAUUUUAAGAUCAGUAAACACACAGGAAAAAUAACGACGAAGGUAGCCAUGGAUUACGAGAAGGUCAAACAAUACAGAUUGACAAUAUUUGCAAAGGACACGAAGAAACGAGACGAGAGUGGUCGCUAUGAAUUCGAUGAAGCAUAUAUCUUCGUUCUUGUAUCGGAUGUCAAUGACAACGCCCCUCGCUUUGUUCUUAACUCGUACCAGGAGGUCAUCAGCGAAAACGCCACAGUGGAUUCAGAAAUACUUCGAGUUACGGCGACGGAUGCCGACUCUGGAAUAAAUGGUGAAAUACACUACAGGAUAGACCACGGCAAUUCUAACGACACGUUUGAACUGGAUGACAAACAUGGCGUUUUAAAGCUACAACAGAGGCUAACAACCCAAGUGCCCGAUUUCUAUAACUUGACUAUCUUUGCUAUGGAUCACGGAGUGCCCUUUCUCAUUUCCAGGCCAACGUUUAUCUAAUUGAAAGUUCGUCGCUCCAUUCAUCCCGAAUGCACGGAAAAACUGACAUUCCCAAAAGCCGUCUAUUUGGCAGAAGUCAACGAAAGUAUUCCUAUAGGAUCGAAUAUU